AUGGAGGAUGACUUACUACUGAAUUUUGCGAGCGAGCCGCCCGCCAAAAAGCAAAAGGUGAAGGUGACUGGUGGAAAAUGGAAGGAUAGGCGGAAAUCGCAGCUCGUUAGCGAAGGCCGCGGCCGCAAUGAGAAAAAAGAAAAGCAGGGAGUAAACCAGACAAAGCUAGGUGAGAGAACCAAGGAACCUGCAAGAGCUGAGGGUGAAGAAAGACCGCAUAAGUCAGCAUUUCCUGAGCGGCGUGGAGAGGGCGGCAAAAACAACACGUACGUUUCGUCGCUGUUCACAGCAAACCCUGAGAUCCAGGACAGACCCGUCGCUGAGAUAGACGUUCUUUCUCCUUCGAACGCUCCUCUAGAUACCUCUUCUUUUUCCGGACUUGGACUCAACGAUAAGAUCAACGCUCAUCUUCUUGGCCAACGUAUAGAAAAUCCCACGAAGAUUCAGCAACAGGUGAUUCCUCGUCUGCUUGCAGGAAAAAAUGAUCUUUUUGUGCAGGCUCAAACAGGUUCUGGUAAGACCUUGGCCUUUGCGCUGCCAAUUUUCCAGAAGCUGAUGGAGAUUCCAGACAUUGAUCGGACUUCUGGUCUUUUCGCGCUGAUUCUGGCUCCCACGCGCGAGCUUGCAACCCAGAUCUACUCUGUUUUUGAGUCUCUUAGUCGCUGCUACCACAAGAUUGUUGCCGGAAACGUCAUUGGUGGAGAGAAAAAGAAAUCUGAAAAAGCUCGACUCCGUAAAGGUGUGAACGUCCUCGUGGCAACCCCAGGAAGACUAGUGGAUCAUAUUGAACACACACAAAAAUUGGACCUCUCAAAAAUUCGGUACGUCGUGCUGGACGAGGGUGACCGGCUGAUGGAGCUUGGAUUUGAGGAGAGCAUCGCCAAAAUCCUGCACAGCAUUUCUUCGUCUGCGGUGCCCCUCCAAUAUCCCUCUCUGCCGGCCAAAAGAGUCAACGUUCUUUGUUCGGCCACCAUCAAGUCCACUGUGAAAAAACUAGGCGAGCUGUCGCUGGAAGAAGCCGAACUGGUGACCACAAGUGAGCAGAUCACAAAGGUGCCCGAUCAGCUGGUGCAGCAGGUGGUGGUGAUUCCUCCGAAGCUGAGGUUUGUCACGCUGGCCGGAACUCUCAAGAACCUGAUCAAGGACCAGACGGCUUCGAGAACGAUUGUUUUUUUCUCGUGCUCUGGAUCUGUCGAUUUCCACUUCAUCGCGCUCACCAGAAAAGCGGCCUCCGAAGACACUUCGGGCUCGCUUUUUGGAUCUAGCAUUUUCAAGCUGCACGGUUCGCUUUCGCAACAAACCAGAACUUCCACUCUCAAACAGUUUGCCGAUAGUCCAAAUAAUGCGAUCCUGCUCUGUACGGAUGUCGCGUCGAGAGGACUCGACUUGCCACAUAUCAACAACGUCGUCGAGUUCGACCCGCCGUUCGCUCUGGACGACCAUCUUCAUAGAGUUGGCAGAACCGCCAGAGCCGGUUCUCUUGGAAAAUCUGUACUGUUCCUGCUUCCAGGGGACGAAGAAAAUUAUUUGAAAUUAAUUGAGCCAUUGCAUCCAUCAGGCAUUCAGUUCAAAAAAUACGAAUCGGUGCUAAAAGACGCUUUCGAGAAACCGGGCGAAAAGGGCGGCGGCUGGGACACGCAGGCCACAACCUUUCAUUUGGAUCUGGAAAGAUGGCUGCUGGAAGAGCCGCGAGCCAAGGAAAUAGCUUCCAACGGUUUCAUCAGCCACAUCAAAGCGUAUGCCACACACUUGGCCUCUGAAAGAGAGUGUUUCAACGUGAAGAAAAUCCAUCUGGGACAUCUGGCCAAGUCGUUUGGGCUAAGAGAAACGCCAAAGAAGCUUGCCAGUGGUGGAGAGCGUAAGAAAAAAGAGGACGGCAAGUCCAAGAUGCUGCGUAUGGCCAAGAUGCACCUGCAGGCACAAACGGACGAGUUCAACACAGUUGGUUGA